AUGCGCCAGGUGAACAUCGUGGGCACCAGCCCUCCCAGCCAGCCUUCUAGAAAGAUCCAGACCCUCCAGGCGCCCCCCGACAUGGCCCCGGCCAACGUGACCCUGCGCACGGCCAGUGAGACCAGCCUGUGGCUCCGCUGGACGCCCCUCCCGGAGAUGGAAUACAACGGGAACCCCGAGUCGGUGGGCUACAAGAUUAAAUACAGCCGGGCAGAUGGCCACGGCAGGGUGCUGAGCCACGUGGUCCUGGACCGUGUGGAGCGGGAGUACACCAUCGAGGACCUGGAGGAGUGGACGGAGUACCGCGUCCAGGUCCAGGCCUUCAACGCCAUCGGGAACGGGCCCUGGAGCCAGGUGGUGAUGGGCAGGACGCGGGAGUCAGUCCCGUCCUCGGGCCCCACCAACGUGUCUGCGCUGGCCACCACCUCCAGCAGCAUGCUGGUGCGCUGGAGCCCGGUCCCCGAGGCCGAGCGCAACGGGCUCCUGCUGGGCUACAAGGUGCUGUACAGGGAGAAGGACUCGGACCCCCAGCCCCGGGUCUGGCUGGUGGAAGGGAACGCGUCCCUCAGCGUCCAGCUCACGGGCCUGGGCAAGUACGUGCUCUACGAGGUCCAGGUGCUGGCCUUCACGCGCAUCGGGGACGGCAGCCCCAGCCGCCCCCCGGUCCUGGAGCGGACGCUGGAUGACGUCCCGGGACCACCCAUGGGCAUCCUCUUCCCAGAGGUGAGGACCACGUCGGUGCGGCUGAUCUGGCAGCCCCCCGCUGCCCCCAACGGCAUCAUUCUCGCUUACCAGAUCACACACCGGCUCAACGCCACCACCGCCAACACGGCCUCCGUGGAAGUGCUGGCACCCAGCGCCCGCCAGUACACGGCCACCGGCCUCAAGCCCGAGUCGGUCUACCUGUUCCGCAUCACCGCCCAGACCCGCAAGGGCUGGGGCGAGGCCGCCGAGGCCCUGGUGGUGACCACCGAGAAGAGAGACCGCCCGCAGCCGCCCAGCAAGCCCGUGGUGCGGCAGGAGGACGUGAAGGCGCGCAGCGUGUUGCUGUCCUGGGAGCCGGGCAGCGACGGGCUGUCCCCCGUGCGCUACUACUCCGUCCAGACCCGCGAGCUGCCCAGCGGCAGGUGGGCGCUGCACUCGGCCUCCGUGAGCCACAACGCCUCGGCCUGCGUGGUGGACAGGCUCAAGCCCUUCACGUCCUACAAGUUCCGAGUGAAGGCGACCAAUGACAUCGGGGACAGUGAGUUCAGCGAGGAGUCGGAACCGCUGACCACCCUGCAGGCCGCCCCCGACGAAGCGCCCACCAUCGUCUCGGUGACACCCCACACCACCACCUCCGUGCUGAUCCGAUGGCAGCCACCAGCCGAGGACAAGAUCAAUGGCAUCCUCCUGGGCUUCCGGAUCCGGUACCGCGAGCUGCUGUACGAGGGUCUGAGGGGCUUCACGCUUCGUGGCAUCAACAACCCGGGGGCCAGGUGGACAGAGCUGACCUCCUUGUUCUCCAUGCGGAACCUGAGCCGGCCCAGCCUCACGCAGUACGAGCUGGACAGGAUGGGGAGCGGGGCCUCUGAGGACGCCUGGCCGCAGGCGAGUGGCGCGCCCACCUCGGGCUACUGCAAGAACGGGACCCCCCUUCGCACGUGCGAGUUUCCCACAACACACGGAGACGCAGGGCCCCCAGGGAAGCUGUCCUCCAGGCCUCUGUCCGUGGGGUGCGGCACGGAAAAGCAGCCAGCUCUG